UCUGUGGCAGGGACAUAGCCCUCUACCCGGGUCUUGCCGUGGGGACCUCUGAAGCAGCCAACAGCCUGGGAGCAGCAGUCUGGGCAGCAGGGCAGACCUGCGCAUGCCCAUUGUUUCUCUACCUCAAAGAUUUCACAAAGCCCCUCCGUCUCGUCUCCUGGGGUGUUUGUGCCUAAAGGCCUUUGCUUGGUCUCUUGGUGCUUGUUUGGGUUUACCCCAGAACAUUGACGAUCUGGACUGCCUGUGGCACAGUCAAGUCUGUUUUGGGGGUUGUCUGUAGGAGAGCUCCGUGAAGCAAGGAAAAUGGACCAGAGAAUUGGUCCAGAGAGGUCGGCGGUCCCUCACCACCUCUGCCCUCUGGCUAGGGACGGAUCUGCGCGAGAAUAAACCAGUUUACCCGGCAUGGAAAUCUGUGAAUCCUCAGUGAAGCCUGGGGAAAUCUUAAGACUUGCACAGCAGCAGGAAACACGAGGCUGCGUGACCACAGCCUAUGCCGUGGUCGUGUAGGCGGGACUUCCUCUCUGACAAGUUCCGGCGGAAUCCGGAAGUUGGAGCUUUCCACUUCCUUGCCGGGUAGUUUGCUCGUUUUUUCUGCUUGGGUUUCCUUGGUUUCCUUAGGGAGGUGCCCGUGGUCUGCCUGCUCCACCCAUGGCGGGGGCCGCCCUCACUACGGCCUUCGGGCAGGCUGUGAUCGGGCCCCCGGGCUCGGGGAAGACCACGUACUGCCUGGGCAUGAGUGAGUUCCUGCGCGCGCUGGGCCGGCGCGUGGCCGUGGUGAACCUGGACCCAGCUAACGAAGGACUGCCUUAUGAGUGUGCUGUGGACGUGGGCGAGCUGGUGGGUCUGGGCGACGUGAUGGACGCCCUGCGUCUGGGGCCCAACGGUGGCCUGCUCUACUGCAUGGAAUACCUGGAAGCCAACCUGGACUGGCUGCGCGCCAAGCUGGAGCCCCUGCGAGGCCACUACUUUCUCUUCGACUGCCCCGGCCAGGUGGAGCUCUGCACGCACCACACCGCCCUACGAAGCAUCUUCUCCCAGAUGGCUCAGUGGGACCUCAGGCUGACUGCUGUCCACCUUGUGGACUCUCACUACUGUACAGACCCAGGCAAGUUCAUCUCCGUGCUGUGUACCUCCCUGGCCACCAUGCUACAUGUGGAACUGCCCCAUGUCAACCUCCUCUCCAAGAUGGACCUUAUUGAACACUAUGGGAAGCUGGCCUUCAACCUGGACUACUACACUGAAGUCCUGGACCUCUCCUACCUGCUGGACCACCUGGCAUCUGACCCUUUCUUCAGUCACUACCGACAGCUCAAUGAGAAGCUGGUACAGCUCAUUGAAGACUACAGCCUGGUCUCCUUCAUCCCUCUGAACAUCCAGGACAAGGACAGCAUCCAGCGAGUCUUGCAGGCUGUGGAUAAAGCCAAUGGCUACUGCUUUGGGGUCCAAGAGCAGCGAAGUCUGGAAGCCAUGAUGUCUGCUGCAAUGGGAGCUGAUUUCCACUUCUCCUCCACUCUGGGAAUCCAGGAGAAGUACUUAGCAUCCUCGGACCAGACUGCAGAGCAGGAAGCCAUGCAGCUGUGACACAUGGGCCUGGAUAGCCAUGGACAACUCAGCAGGCUACGGACCCAAAACCCAUGUCAGCCAGAGCAGAGUCUGGGAGGGACUUCAUCCCUGCCAAGGACUUCUGAAUAAGAAGCCACACAUAGCAAGCACCCUUUGUGGUGCCCGAAAGCUUGGGCCCCACCCCCAGGAGGUGGGGCCCAAACGCUGAGAAACGGCUGUAUUUGGGCUGCAGUGGGUGGCAUUACUAUGAUUAGAGAUUAUUUUCUAUUUUUUAUGACCUUAAACUUUUCUUCAACCCUCUGAACCCAGGGAUUUGGAGAACAAAAAAGUCUUUGUUCCUCCAAAUAGUCUGUUUCUUUGUUUU